AUGGGUGUGCCAGGGCGCAGUGCCAUGUCCACGGGCGGGGGUCCUGCGGGGCAGGAUGCUCCCGAGCUGCGCAAGGGGAGCAUCCCCGGGGACGAGGCGGGGGCCGGCGGCCGCGGGGCCGGGGGGCGCGGGGCCGGGGUCCCCGCCCGCGGCGGCGACUUCGCCUACGCGCACCUGGCCUGGCUCAUCUACUCCAUCGCCUUCACGCCCAAGGCGGCGCUGAUCCUGGGCACCUCCAUCCUGGAGCUGAUCGAGCUGCGCCUGCCGCUGGGCACCACCGGCUUCCGCAUCACGCUGGCGCUGUCGGCGCCGCUGCUGUACUGCCUGCUGCGGGCCAUCGGCACCGAGGGCGCGGGGCAGCUGCACCAGACCUGCAUCCGCGCCGCCGCCGCCUUCCUCGCCACCUGCCUGGACCUGCUCGACAGCUUCUCGCUGCUGGAGCUGGUGCUGCAGCCCGGCCGGCCGGCGCCGCUGCCCGCCCCGCUGCGCUACCUGCUCAUCGCCGUCUAUUUCCUCUGCCUGGCCUCGCCGGUGCUGUGGCUGUACGAGCUGAGCGCGGCUCGCCCGCCCGGCGCCGCCCGCCUGGCGCUGCACCUGCUGCUGCCCGCCGGGCUGCUGGACGCGCCGCUGCUGGCGCUGCGCUGCCUGCUGCUCCUGCGCUACCAGCAGGGCGCCGCCGCCCCGCCGCCCGCCAAGUACGGCCCGGCCGCCGCCGCGCCCGCCGCCGCCCCGCUGGCGCACGGGCUCUCCGAUGUGGAUGUGGGGCCGCACGGCUACGUGAACGCCCUGGCGGUCAGCGCCCAGGGCUGAGCCCCUCGGGCCGCCCCCGGCACAGCCGGGGUCUCUGCCUUCUGCUCAGGUUCGCUCCGCCGUGGCCGGGCAGGGGAAGGGGACGUGGGCUUCCCUGGCAGACUCCCGCUCCCCUCCUCCCUUCCUCACGGACACGUCCAGCAGCGGAAGCUCCGCACAAACCCGACUACCUGCAGGAGCCUACGGGUGACACUUGUCGCCAGAAAACGCGCCUGUCCUUCGUGACGAGUCAUCUUCCAGUGCUUCUGCCUCUCCACUGCCUGGAGGGUCCCACUCUUCCCCUCCCUCCCAGGACAUUGUGUUGCUUUGUAACCAUGAAGGUUCCGUUUUUCCUUGUCGUCCUCAACAAGGACCAGUGCAUUUUGUCCCCUCCUUUAAGAACUCCUGCUGACCACAAUAAUGAGAUGCAAGAGGGGCCCGACCAGCAGAUGUUGCCUCCAGAAGGACAGAAGGAAGCAUGCUUUGGUUUCCCCGGGUCUUGCAAAGCUGCUGCCUGUGUUUCCCAGGCCUUGUGUACCAGCUAAGGAACCUCUGGAAGCACGCUGGCCUCUCGGUCACUUCAAGCCCAUGAGCCACCUUCUCCUAGCCAAAAUGUCUACUACCUCUGUGCUUCAACCUUUUGCAUCUUGCAUUGACUUCACGUGCUAAAGAAACCAAUCCAGCAUGGACACAAACCAGGGCUUAGGUCCUAUUUCAUAACCACCAAGACAUUUAUUUCUGGUGAGAACAGGGUUUACAGCAGCCUACUGCUGGCAUCCCCAGCUGCUGGGGCUCUCAUUCCUCUGUGAAUAUGCAUGUUUACGGGAUCAGCGUUGGUUUUCUUUUACACAGAGCAUAGGGUCUUCCUUUUCACAGCCAGAAAGGCUGGAAAAUUCCCUCUGGCCCCCUUCCACGCCUGCUUGAGAGAGCAGAGAUGGAGCUAAGCCUGCAGAGUGCCAGAGGACACUGGCACUGCUCGGGAUGGGCUCCAUGCUCAGUGAACCUCACUGCAGCACACAAAGCCAAGUGCUGCAGGAGCCCUCGAGGCUCCCGAGCUGUGGUGAAAGCCCAUGGAUCAGCCUCCUGUCCUCUGUGUGCAUGUGGUUGAGGGGAGGUGGGGAAAAAUUGCUAGUAACCUCUCAUAGGAACAGAGUUUUCUUUGGUUUCGAGCUCCGUGGAUGUUGGGUGGGGCUAAGGCCUGCUCUUCUGCCUGGCUGCAGCUGCUCCUGAACCCAGCCCCAUGGGAGCAGGAGCACACAGGCCACCUUUGGAGGAAGGACUUUGCCCCUCCCAGGCUUAUAUUUUGUUACCUGGGCAAGGCUGCAAUAAUUGUGACAAACAACAGUUUCCUGUCGCGAGGUUUUUUUUAUUUUUUAUUUUUCUUUUCAAGCUGUCCUGAUGGGAAGGGGAAAUAAAGCACAACCAACUGCUACCCACGGCAGGACUGCAGGUGCAGCCCAGAUUUCUGCACUCAUUCAUUCUUUCCUUCAGGGCUUGGGCUUCAGAGCCUCUGUCCCACCUUCCUUUUCACAGAGUGGGAUCAGCUGCCUGCUCUGGUGGACUGCUACAACAAAAUGUUUACAGUCUGGUAACUUCCAGCUCCCAGAGGCAGAAGUGGGGCUGCCAUGGGGCUCUCCUCCCCCAGCUCUCGGUGGCUGAUGGGUUUUGAGGGGCUGGAAAAGCCCCUAGAAAAAAAAAAAAGAUGGGUCAAUAGUGCUGUUCUGUUCAGAAGUGCAGCUAGGAUGGGUGACUUGCUGCUCUCCCCAUGCCAAAUGGAGAGUUGGCAAAGCUAGGCUUAACUUUCCCACCAGUGCUUUAUUUUUAACCUGAGCCCGUACAUGGGCAGUUGUGUGAAUUUUGGCCAGUGGCCUUUCUCUUUCAGUAACUUCUUCUUGUCUGGACAAUCUUGGUGCUGUGAGUGACUGUGAUUGUAAAACUUGGUACUGUGAACUUUUACGAUGUGAUGUGAAAUGUGUCGAGGGGAUGCUAAGUUCCUGGCCAAAGGAGGUGUAAUUACAGGUAUAUCAUGCUUGUACAGAUAUCUGUUUCCUUGCACCUUCCUUUUUCAGCAUUAAAUAGGUAGUAGAAGCUCAGAAGUAAUUAUUCAAGAGAGAAUAAGGUGCUACCUGAACCUAGGACUACUCCAUUCUUCAGUCAAACAGCUGAAAAAAAAAAUAAAAUCCCCAACCAACCAACUUUGCCAAAAACAAGCUAAAAGAAAAAAAAAGCUUUUCAUCACCAACUAUAUUUGGCUGCUCCUAAGGCCAAGUUCCCAAUAGCACCAAGGUGCUAAUCCCUAAUACACAUAGUUGAGACAUCAAAAGAAUCACAGCACAAUUAUUAAAAAGUCUGACUCCAUUGCCCCUUCAUAGCCCAUAACAAAGUUGCUGUUUCAACAGUGAGUGCCUUUUUCCAGUUAGGAUGCUAUUGAGAAAAAUGGCAUAUCAGAAAUUUAUCUGGCCAUGGCAUAUUUAACCCAUUGGUGGUGAACUCACAGUUCAGAUUUUUCCAUGGAUGAAAAGGUUGCCCGGGACAGACGACCCUGCAAAAUGACACUUGUGUUGCACAGAAUUCCUUUGUAGAAGAAGUUGUUCUUUGUGGUGCCAUGGUUUCUAGGUAGUUAGGAAAUGUGCUGUUUGGAGAGUGUAAAGCUCUUAGAGUUGGCUAUACAGAAGCCCCCUUGCAAAUAAAAGGGCAGCUCUGCUGCUCCUGCAAUUACUUACUAUGAAAAAACUUUUAAAGAUCUUCAAUGUCUCGUUUAUUAACCUGCUCCUCCUUUUGAAUUCUUUUGGUAAUUGAACUCUUGCUCCCACUUAAACCUUUCUGUUUGCAGAAGAGAGAUGGUGGUACCAUCCAAGUGCAAGCAAUACCUCUCCCGAUGCACCUUGCACAUCUCCUGUACGUUGUGCCAACAUUAAAUUACUGGUCCAGGUCAGUAACACUUGACUGAAUGAAUUUGUGCCAUACUAGGAUACAGGUCCCUUGGGAUUCUGUUACACAACUCAGUUAUUUAGCAUUUUAUUGCUCUUUGUUUGCUAUCCUGACAAAAGGGAUGACUACUCCCAGGAGGGGAAAUGGAAGUGAGAGAUAAGGCCUGUGGCUGAUGGAACACUUGGCAUCCCCCUGGCAUUAAUCAGAACUUGUAUUUUUUAAAAAGCAAGAUUGUUAAAAUAAAAUUAGAAACUUGUGACUGAUUU